UGUAUAUAAGCGUAGCCAAUCUCUAAGACAGGCAUCAUAUCUCCUUCAUCGGGGAACCAUGAGCAGCACAGGGUUUCAUGGGUGCUUGUUAUGCAUCCUCUUCCUCUCUCUCCCCCUCCUCUCCCUGGCCGAGAACUAUCCCCCACCCAACCCGAGGCUGGAGAAGGCCUACGUGGCUCUGCAGGCAUGGAAGCACGCCAUCACGGCUGACCCCAAGAACUUGACCCACGAUUGGUGCGGUCCGCACGUCUGCAACUACACCGGCGUGUACUGCGCGCCGGCCCUCGACAACCCCCACGAGUUCACCGUCGCCGGCAUCGAUCUCAACCACGGCACCCUCGAGGGGACGCUACCGGAGGAGCUCGGCCUCCUCUCCGACCUCGCGCUCUUCCACCUCAACUCCAACAAGUUCCGCGGCGCCCUGCCGUCGUCCUUCAAGUGCUUGAAGCUCCUGUACGAGCUCGACGUGAGCAACAACCAGUUGGAGGGGUCGUUCCCCUCCGUCGUCUUGGAGUUGCCCAGCCUCAAGUACCUCGACAUCCGCUACAACCGGUUCUGCGGCGACGUCCCCUCCUGCGUCUACAACCUCAAGCUCGACGCCUUGUUCAUCAACAACAACGACUUCACCUUCUCGAUUCCCGACAACAUUGGCAACUCCCCCGUGUCGGUGCUCGUCUUCGCCAACAACCAGAUCAGUGGCUGCUUCCCCAAGAGCAUCGGCAACAUGCACGAGACCCUCCGAGAGCUGAUCAUCCUGAACACCGGCCUCCGAGCGUGCAUACCGCCGGAGAUCGGGAUGCUGAGGAAGCUGAGGGUGCUCGACCUGAGCUACAACCACCUGGUCGGCCCGCUGCCGGAGAGCAUCGGGGAGAUGAAGAAGCUGGAGCAGCUGGACGUGGCGCACAACAAGCUCUCGGGGAAGAUACCAUGCAGCAUCUGCGACCUGCCGAGGCUGAAGAACUUCACCUACUCCUACAACUACUUCUGCGAGGAGCCACCGAGUUGCCUGAAGAUCAAGACCCACGACGAUCGCAAGAACUGCUUCCCGUUCCGUCCGGACCAGAGGCCCGAGGAGCAGUGCAUGGCCUUCCUGUCCAAGCCGAGGUACUGCGACUCCAACGGGUGCAUCGCGCACCCCCCACCGCCUCCACCACCACCUCCUCCGCCGCCGCCGCCGCCCGUUCAUCAUCACUACUGAGACCCACCGGUGGGUGACCGCUACAUGUGUUUACGAUUAUCAUAUGUCAAAUUGGAUGGAAAAACUGCAAUGAUUUGUGGACUUUUAGGUUCGUUGAACAGAGAAUAAGGACUCGUAAGCUUCUUAGGAUCCUUCUUCUUCCUUUUGCACACGGUGAUUGCAGAAUAAAUGACAUUGUAGCUACCAUUGACAGGGACAUGCAGUGCUAUAUGAAUGCUUUUUCCUUGAA